UCUUUCUCCCCCGCCACUUCUCCGGGGACACAAAAGAGACCUCGCUCGAUCUCCCGUGCCGUGCCCCCCACCCCGCCUCCACGCGGCGCCGAGAAGCUUCCGGAGCCAGCCGGACUCCUCGCCCCCACCGCCACCGCCCCGCCCCGCCCCGCCCCGAACCCUCCGCCGCACCCCCUCCUCCCGGCCGGCGCGGCGCCGCGGCUAGGCCGAGGCGGAGGGCGGCGAGAUGUGGGUCUUCUACCUGAUAUCGCUGCCCCUGACGCUGGGCAUGGUCGUCGUCACGCUGCGCUACUUCGCCGGCCCCGGCGUGCCGCGCUACGUCCAGGCCACCGUCGGCUACGCCUGGUUCUGCUCCCUCUCCGUCAUCAUCCUCGUCCCCGCCGACAUCUGGACGACAUUAACUGGCUUUGAUAAAGGUGGAAUUGGCUUCUUUUGGGGCUGGUCUUAUUGGAGCACAUUUAUCCUAACAUGGGCUGUAGUUCCUACUAUUCAAGGCUAUGAAGAUGCUGGAGAUUUCACUGUUAGAGAAAGGCUAAAAACUAGUAUUCACAUGAACCUGCUCUUUUAUUCAAUUGUGGGAGCUAUUGGCCUCUUUGGACUCAUACUGCUUUUAGUCAUGCAUAGAGCUUGGGAUGGAGGUCUUGUGGGCUUUUUAAUGGCUUGCUCAAAUACCUUUGGACUGGUGACUGGUGCUUUUCUUCUUGGUUUUGGAUUGAGUGAAAUUCCAAGAAACAUUUGGAAAAACGCAGACUGGACUCACCGCCAAAAAGUACUUUCUCAUAGAGUUGCCAAGAUGGCCGUGAAGCUUGAUAAUGCUCAUCAAGAGUAUUCAAAUUCAAUUGUUGUUGCUCAAGCCACUUCAAAUCAAAUGUCAAAGCGUGAUCUCUUAAGACCUUAUAUGGAUAUUAUUGACCGAAUGGUUGCUCAAAUGCUGCGGGAUGACCCAUCUUUUAAGCCUUCUGGUGGCAGAUUAGGCGAAAAUGAUAUGGACUAUGAUACAGAUGAUAAAACAAUGGCCACUCUCCGACGUCAGCUUAGGAUGGCCCAUGAGGAGUAUUAUCGGUGUAAAAGUGAAUAUAUGACUUAUGUCAUGGAAGCUCUCGAUCUAGAGGACACUAUUAAAAAUUAUGAACAUCGUGAUGCAAAUGGAUGGAAAUAUGUAUCGAGUUUUAGGGAGAGUCGGUCAGGCACACUGGGAUCCCUUUUGGACACUAUGGAGUUCAUUUGGCGUUGUAUACUGAGAAAGCAGCUUCAGAAAGCACUGGCUGUUAUUCUCGGCUGCAUGUCAGCUGCUAUACUGUUGGCUGAAGCUACUUUGCUGCCAGGUGGUGUUGAUUUAUCACUUUUUUCCAUUCUUGUAAAAUCCGUCGGAAAGCAGGAGGUUCUAGUCCAGGUUGCUGCAUUUGUCCCUUUGAUGUAUAUGUGUAUAUGCACAUACUAUUCGCUAUUUCAGAUUGGGAUGUUAAUGUUUUAUUCUCUGACUCCACGGCAAACAAGUUCUGUCAGUUUGCUUAUGAUCUGUUCGAUGGUUGCAAGAUAUGCACCUCCCAUUUCUUAUAAUUUCCUGAAUCUCAUUCGCCUUGGUGGUAAUGUUAAAACUACUUUUGAGAAGAGAAUGGGGAACAUAGAUGACGCAGUUCCUUUCUUUGGAAGACGUUUCAACAGGAUCUACCCACUAAUUAUGGUUGUUUAUACACUACUUGUUGCUAGUAACUUCUUUGGACGUGUGAUUGACUAUUUUGGAAGCUGGAAAAUGUUUAAGUUCCAGCGUGAAGAAGAACAUAUGGAUGGUUUUGAUCCGUCUGGAAUUAUUAUUCUGCAAAAAGAGAGAUCUUGGAUUGAGCAAGGAUAUAAAGUUGGCGAGCAGGUUAUUCCAUUGGCAAGAUUCAAUGGCGCGAGCACAGAUGUUGAAUCUGGAAAGAUUGAAGAUACAGUGGAGAUGAAAGCGGGGACAACUUCUUCGAGAGUUGAUGGAAGAGCCGGUCAAUCUAAAUAUAUUCACAACAGGGAAAUGAUUUCCAACAAGUAUUCAUCUGUUAGAGAUCAGAGUCGGCAGGCAACAAAGCCAGUGAAAAAGGAAACUCUGUCGACAUCUGCAUCUCUGCUUGAAGAAGGGAAUUCUGAAAAUCGCUCGGCUGCUGGAAUCUCCCAAACAUGGGCUUCAGUGAAGAAUGGUUUUCAGAACUUCAAAGCGAAUAUGGGUGCCAAGAAGUUCACUCCUUUGCGCCAGGAUCCAGGAUUUGCUCCUCAUUCGAACGUCUCUUCGCCUGAAUCUCUCGAUGACAUCUUCCAAAGGAUAAAACGGCGCUCCGGAGAAUCACCCGUAGAUUACCUUGAUGAUGAUGACGACGACGAUGA